GGGAAACAGCUAAGCACUCCCAGGUUACAGAGACGGCAGGAAGAGACAUCCAUACAUAAUGUCAAGUAUGUCAGGUAACGGUAGGACACUGGCAGACAGACACAGAGAGGAAGGAGAAACAAGAACUGGAGCCCACCCCAGAAGGUGAAGGAAGCCUUCGAGAGGACACAGUUGGUGCUUUGGUGUAGAGGGUUUGACCAACUGACCUGGACGUGGCCAACAGACUAAUCGCCAACACAGCCACCCACCAUUCCAGCUGACUGGAAGAUGUUUCCCUUCAAGGUGAGCAAAUGGAUGGGGCUGGCUUGCCUCCGGUCCCUGGUGCUGUCCCCACCCAGUAUUCGUCAGAAGAAACUAAUGCACAAGGUACAAGAGGAAAAGGCUUUUCGAGAGGAGGUGAAAAUUUUCCACGAGAAAAUAAAAGACUUCCGGGAAGAGAUAUGGGAUUUCCGAGGCAAGAUCCGGGCUUUUAGGAGCCAGAUCCUGGGUUUCCAGGGGGAAGAAAGACUAUUCUGGGAAGAAGAGAAGAUCUUCUGGAGAGAAGAAAAAACCUUCUGGGAAACAGAAAAAUCUUUCCUGGAAGAAGAAAAGGCUUUCUGGAAAAAAUACGGAACCUUCUGGGAAGAGGACAAAGCCUUCUGGAGAGAGGACAAUGCUUUACGGGAAAGAGACCGGAAUCUUCUUCAGGAAGACAAGGCUCUAUGGGAAGAGGAAAAAGCCCUGUGGGUAGAGGAAAGAGCCCUGCUUGCAGAAAAGAAGGCUCUGUGGGAGGAUAAAAAGUCUCUCUGGGAGGAAGAGCAUGCCCUUUGGGAGGAAGAGAAAGCUCUCUGGGUGGAAGGCCGUGGCUUCCAAAUUCUUGGGGAGCAGAGACCCCAGAAUGGUCCUCACCAUGCCAAUGAAGAGCCACAGUCAACAGUCUUCCCCCGAGGGCGUGCAUAGUGAACACUAGACACGCAGGACCACGGGGAACAGCCAUCACUGGUAGGGACCCAAGACCAGGGUGGCCCCAUGUGCUAGAGUAAAUAGACACUAAUUUGUCUCUUUGCCAUAAGAG